AUGAAGCUGCUAUUGGUACCGCUUUUGCUUACAGUUUGCGUCGGAGCUCAGCCUCUAACCGACGACCAGAUGAAGAAGGCCGAAGGGUUCGCUCUUGGAUGCCUAGCCCAGCAUAAGGGACUGACCCAGGAACAUCUGGUGCUGCUCCGGGACGGUGACUUCUCGAAGGUGGACGGUGAAACGAAGUGUUUCCUGCGCUGCUUCCUGCAGCAGGCCAACUUCAUGGAUGCGUCCGGCAAGCUGCAGAACGACUACGCCAUCGAGCGGCUUUCGGUGAGCCGCGAAAAGCCGAAGGUGGAAGCGCUGGUCAAGAAGUGCAGUACCGGCGUCGAGGUGGAGGACAGCUGCGAGACGGCAUUCCGUGCGGUGGAAUGCUACCAUCGGGAGAAGGCAUCGCUGCUGUGA